AUGUGUUCUGGUCGUGGUUUACCAGUGGCUCGUCGAGGACGCCCGUUUUAUUCGUCCAAGAACGAUCGUAGUCAAAGUAUGUGUGAAAAAUGUAAUGAAACUUUGACGCAACAACAACAACAUAAAUUUUCAUCAUAUUCAAAUAGAACUAAAACCUUAACGGUCGAUAAUCUGGCAUUAGACUCAAAUGAUUCACCAUUAUUCAGAAAUAUUUUUGAUGAAAUUUUAGGACAAGACUGUUCUUAUUCAUUGUCUACUAAUAAUCCAGUUGUCAUCGCUGAUGCUACCGCUUUACAACAACAACACGAUGUACUUGAGUUGAAUGAUGAUAAUAGUGCUAGUCAAAAAAUAUCAACAGCAACAACAAUUAAUGGUGAUUUGCCAACAGAAAUUGAAUUUAUGCUAAAUGAAACAAAGAGCAUGGAUAUGAAUGAUUAUCAGUCAGCUCAAAUGUUAAUUUGGAAAUUAAAUGUUUCAGGUGAUGUUGAUUUAAGUUAUGAUACAAGUUCAUCUCCGUUAACCGAUGACGAAAAACGAGUAUUGGUAGAUGAAGCUGUUAAAAAAUUAAAUGUUGCAUUAUCAUCACACAAAAUUCCUCUAGACGGUGUCGAUGUUGACGCCGUUAAUCUAACAUACGCUGCAUUAAAUAAAACACUGCAAACAUUAUCAGCAAAUACAUUAUAA